AUGGGCCACCCCGGUUCCUGCCCGGACCGGUAGCGCUUAGUACCGGGCGCCGUCGGAGUGCUUAUGGGGGCACCGGAAGGCGCUACAGCGUGUGGGUCCGGGGUAGCACCCGGUGAGUCCUGCCCGGUGGGCAGAGCGGCCCCUUCUCCCUCUGGAAUAUUCUCCGCUCCCUUCGCCCUCCCUCAGGGGAGUUUGGCUGUACGGAGCCGUCUGUAUCUCCCGGCGCAGCAGGACCGGGAACUGAGGAGUCAAAUCCAGGGCGAGCCGCCCACUUUCCCCCGGGCAUUGACAAAACAAAUAUGUUUCCUCUCAUACAACGAUGCUGCUUCAACACACCUUUCAAUCUGCAGAAGUUAACUGGUCCCAGUCUGCUGCUCUAUGGGAAGAAGACAACUUGGUCUUCCUUGGCACUCCGGCUGUGGAGAGAAACGCAUCCUCUCUCAACAUCUCAGAGACUCCAACCUGCAUUGGUUUACACAACAAAGGUCCAGGCUUUCCACACCUCUGUCCCCGUCUUCAAGAAGAAAACCCCUGCAGAAUCUGAGGCAGAAUCACAAAAGAAACUGGAAUCACUGAAGGAUUCUCCCAAGCCAGCUCUUUACUUAAGCCUUGGAGGGCUCAUUCCCUUUGUGGCCGUGCCACUGACCAUGGCCCUUCAGGGGACCUACUGGCCACAGCUGGCCUUUGCUCAGGUUGCCUAUGGAGCUGCAACAGCGUCAUUCCUAGGGGGAAUGAGGUGGGGGUUUACUCUCCCAGAAAACAGCCCAGCCAAGCCAGACUGGCUGAACCUGGCUAACAGCACAGUUCCUCCUCUGCUUGCCUGCCAAGCUUUGCUUUUCAAAGAUGUCGCUCAGGGAGCAGUAAUGCUCAUGCUGGCCUUAGGGAUAGCACUGCAUUAUGACAUUUCCCUUCUUCCUACUUACCCCAGGUGGUUUAAAGUACUGAGGGUAGCAGGAACAGUGGUGAUGAUAUCAUCCCUGUUGGCCACUGUAGCACUGAAAGUUUUCUUAGAAGGGAACCAAAGUGAUGACAGAAAAAUAUAGCAGAACACAAAUUAAUAAAUCAGUAAGGAAAAGCUAUUAUUUGCCAAUAAAGUAUUUGUAUGGAGUACCAGGAGAAAUAAAGACUGACUUGUGCUUAGAAGUUGUAUGAUGGCAGGGAUCAAGAUGCCUAUUCUUGAAGCAAAAUGAUUUUCCAACUGAUUUUGAAGCUAGUUCAGGAGGGAAAGGUUGUAAAUUGCAAUUACUUCCAAGGCAAAAAUCAAUCUGUCCUUAUCUGUAGAACAAGGAGUGACUCCUGAAUGAGAUGUUGCUGCUCUAGGAAUUUAGAAUGGAGAUUAAAAAUUACAAGGGUAUGAAUUGCUCUGUGCUGAAUUAUUAAAGCAUGUGGUUUGACUGUAA